UUUAUGGCAGCACAGCAGAGAGGUUUAAAUUGAGACCCAGACGAGGAACUUUUCUUCUCAGGUCAGCAGGACUCGACACUGGAACCAGGUGACACACCUGCCCUCACAGGUAUUUCUGCUGUUUGGGCGCAGAUCAAACGCAGACAUGACAGUUUCUUACACCCUUGAAGUGGCCAAUGCGAGAUUUGGCGGCUUCUCCAAGCUUCUGUUCAGGUGGAAGGGAAGCAUCUACAGGCUGUUGUACAAAGAGCUUCUGGUGUUUUGUGGGGUUUACCUGUUUGUCAGUCUGUUCUACAGGUUCAUGCUCUCACCAAGGCAGCAGGAUCUGUUUGAGCGUGUCGCCCUUUACUGUGAUCAGUUCACCAACACCAGCUUCAUCCCAGUCCUGUUCGUGCUGGGUUUCUAUGUGACCAUGGCCUUUAAUCGCUGGUGGGGUCAGUACACCAGCUUCCCGCUGCCUGACAACCUGAUGAUGGUGGUGUCUGGGAACGUCCACGGGACGGACGAGAGGGGUCGCCUGCUGCGACGGACGCUCAUGAGAUACGCCAACUUAUCCUCAGUUCUUAUUCUGCGAUCCAUUAGCACACGAGUCCUCAAGCGUUUCCCAACUCUGGAGCACAUAGUCGAGGCUGGAUUCAUGACGACGCACGAGCUUAAACUUUUCGAGUUGCUUCACUCUGAUUUCAACAAGUACUGGAUGCCUCUGACUUGGUUCUCAAACCUGGCGUCCAGAGCGAGAGAGGAGGGUCGGGUGAGGGAUGACAUCGCUUUGAGACUACUGAUGGACGAGCUGAAUAAAUACAGAGCCAAGUGCAGCCUGCUGUUCCACUAUGACUGGAUAAGCAUCCCUCUGGUCUACACUCAGGUGGUCACAGUUGCAGUUUACUCUUUCUUUGCCUUCUGCGUGAUUGGCCGUCAAUUUCUGAACCCUGAGAAGGGAUACAAGGGUCACAAUCUGGACAUGUAUGUCCCUGUUUUCACCCUACUGCAGUUCUUCUUCUAUGCCGGCUGGCUGAAGGUGGGGGAGCUGAUCAUCAACCCGUUUGGUGAGGAUGAUGACGACUUUGAAACCAAUCAGCUGAUUGACCGAAACAUUGAGGUGUCAAUGCUGGCAGUAGAUGAUAUGUAUCAGAACUUGGCUCCAAUUGUGAAGGACAAGCACUGGACGCAGAGACAUUUUUCCAUCCCGUACACUCUGUCGACAGCAGCAGAGUCUCUCAGGCCGGCCUUCAAAGGCUCCACCUUUGACAUGAGGAUGAGUGCAGAGGAUCUUGAGAUUCACCAGCCUGCAGACAUUCCUGGAAAGAAACAGUAUUUACCUCUGAAGGGCUCUCUGGGCGAUGGUCUCAACGGUCUUCUGCAGAGAGGCAAAGGUAUCCUGCGUGGUGGGAGCCUCCCUUCUCUGAUGGACGUCUCGUCACACCCAAAUGAGGAAGAUGAUGCUGAUGCUGAGGAUGACACUGAUGCUAACAACUGCGAUGAACAAGAAAAGGCCUUCAUUCAAGUUGUAGUGGAACACAUCUAGUGGAAACUACUGUUUCACUCCGUGUGAUUGAACCAUUGUUCUUAUUGUAUAAAAAUGUUUUUUGAUUGAAGACAACUUAAAUAUGUUGUGAAAUAAAACACAUGCUCUUAUUAUGAA